ACACUCUCGCCCUCCCGGCUACGGUGGCCGCCGAGGACCCUGAAUGUAUUUCACGGAAGGGGGCUCCUCCUUGCAGGUACUUACUGCUUGAACAUGUUUACAUUCAUGAACAGUUCAGACAGUGAAGAGGAAGAGGAAUGCAAUGAGAGAACAUCACUGAUUGCUUCUGAAAGUCCACCUCUACCUUCUUAUCAGCAUGGAGUACAGACCCCAUCAGAGGCUACAAAUCAAAGGAAACACUAUACCAGCAGUGCUCAAGCUAGUGAUGCAGCAAAUGGAGCAACGUCUGUUCCCUCUGACAGACAAGUCCCCGUGGACACUGAUGAGGAAGAACUGACUCUUAAAUAUGGUGCCAAGCAUGUCAUAAUGCUGUUUGUCCCAGUUACUCUCUGCAUGGUGGUCGUUGUAGCUACAAUUAAAUCUGUCAGCUUCUACACUGAAAAAAAUGGACAGUUAAUCUAUACACCUUUUUCAGAAGAUACAACCUCAGUUGGGCAGCGACUUCUGAAUUCUGUUCUGUUCUGAAUACAAUUAUAAUGAUAAGUGUUAUCCUUGUGAUGACAGUGUUUCUUGUUUUAUUAUACAAAUAUCGCUGCUAUAAGUUCAUUCAUGGGUGGCUGAUUCUUUCCUCUCUAAUGCUGCUGUUUAUGUUCACUUACAUCUAUCUUGGGGAAGUUUUUAAAACCUACAAUGUAGCGAUGGACUACCCAACCUUGAUCAUGAUUAUCUGGAACUUUGGAGCAGUGGGCAUGAUCUGUAUUCAUUGGAAGGGGCCUCUCCAGUUACAACAGGCUUAUCUUAUCAUGAUCAGUGCUCUUAUGGCUCUUGUUUUCAUCAAGUAUUUGCCUGAGUGGUCGGCCUGGGUAAUACUGGGAGCAAUAUCUGUAUACGAUUUGCUAGCUGUAUUAUGUCCAAAGGGCCCUCUCAGAAUGCUGGUGGAAACUGCCCAGGAAAGAAAUGAGCCUAUAUUUCCAGCAUUAAUAUAUUCCUCCGCCAUGGUAUGGACAGUGGGAAUGGCAGAUUCUGAUGAUUCAGAUCGAAGAAUAGAUCAGCAUGCAGAGGAAAGACCACUAAAUGCGAACCAUAUCUUACAAGCAGAAGGACAAUCUAGUGAAACUCAAAUUCAAACACCUAGCCAUCAAAAUGCACCUUCUGAUGAUGAAGAGGAGAGGGGAGUAAAGCUCGGCCUUGGUGACUUUAUAUUCUACAGCGUGCUCGUGGGAAAAGCUGCAGCAACUGCUAGUGGAGAUUGGAAUACUACUCUUGCCUGUUUUGUUGCUAUACUAAUAGUAAGUGCUGGAAUCUAUGUAACUGAAGAAAAUAUUGCACAAAAGAAAACUGUUAAGUACUUUGUUUCUUGACACUUAUUGGUUCAUUAUAAUUUGUAUAUAAAAUGUCAUGCUACAG